AGAGAGAGAGAGUAGAAAAUGUUUUAAAAAAGGCAAAGAUUUAUUAUGUAACGCAAGAAGCUGAGGCUGUUCCCAAGUCACUCUCUUUGCAACCUCCGAGGAAUUUUGGUAGCAUCCUCUGCGAUGUUUUGUCAUCAGUUUCAGUUUUUGUAAAAGAUAGAUAGAUAGAAAGAGAGAGAUAUAAGUGAGUUGUUUCAGUUUCUGUGUGUGUCAGUAAGUGCUUCUCUUUUGUCCAUUUUUUCUUCUUUCUCGUGUGGGAAAAUGCUGGUUCGGAGAAGGGUGAUGAGUUGGAGAAGGGUGGCGAAGGCCCUUCAGGCUCUGGUAGCUCAUGUCUUACUUUUCACCUUCACUAUUACCCUUGCUCUCAAGCUUGAUCAUGUCAUUCGUCACUCAUGGUGGAAGGUAUUUUUUCCUCUAUGGGCUUUUCAUGCUGUGGUAGCACGAGGCAGGUUUUCCUUGCCUGCUCCUUCGAUGCCUCAUGAUCGCCAAUGGGCUCCUUUUCAUUCACUCGUAGCAACUCCACUACUUGUUGCAUUUGAGCUACUUCUUUGUAUGCAUCUCGGGAGCAGUUAUGUGAUGAAUUUAAGGAUUGUCUUCAUGCCCCUGAUAUUUCUUGAAAUGGCGAUUUUGUUUGAUAACGUCAGGAUGUGUAGGGCUUUGAUGCCUGGAGAUGAUGAAAAUCUGACCGACGAAGCAGUAUGGGAAACUCUUCCGCACUUCUGGAUUUCAAUAUCCAUGGUCUUCUUUAUUGCUGCCACUGUGUUCACCCUUCUAAAGAUAUGUGGUGGAGGAAACGAGUUAACUCGCUGUCAUACUUUUUUAUGGAUGAAACCGGGUGAUGUUGCAGCUCUAGGAUGGUGGGACUUGUUUAUUAACUUCGGCAUUGCACAGUGCUUUGCGUUUCUUGUUUGUACAAAGUGGCACAAUCCAACUAUUCAUGGAGGCUGUCAUAUUACAGAACCAUGCUCAUCGUCAAAUACCAUAAGAUACCUAGACUUUAGGACAGGAGGCUUAGUUGUUUACACAGAUGAAGAUAGACAGCAAAAUGGGUUCUGCAAUCUACAGGAUAUCGGUGGGCAUAUUAUGAAAAUUCCAUUCAUUGGUUUCCAAAUACUUCUUUUUAUGCAUUUAGAGGGAACACCAUCCAGUGCAAAGAAUCUGCCCCACUGGGUCAUUUUUUCCCCACUUUUUUUGUUGCAAGGAGCUGGGGUUUUAUUUGCAGCUUAUAGAUUAAUAGAGAAGAUAGUUCUUCUACUCUACUGUGGAGAUAUUCCUGAAAGAUACUCAGCCAUAGCAUCAAAAUCCCGUGAGUGCUUUGGGUUCUUUCGACGUGGGUCAAGGUUGCUUGGUUGGUGGUCAAUAGAUGAAGGAAGUAGAGAGGAAGAAGCUAGACUUUUUUGUGCUGGGAGUCCUGGGUAUAAUACUUUCACCCCUGAUACGGUGAAGAAAAUGCCUAGGGCAGAUCUGGUUGAGGAGAUUUGGAGACUACAAGCUGCAUUGGGCGAGCAGACACAAGUUACAAAAUUUAGCCAGGAUGAGUAUGAAAGACUUCAAAAUGAGAAGAUCUUAUGCAGAAUUUGCUUCGAGGAGCAGAUUAAUGUGGUCCUACUUCCCUGCAGGCAUCACAUUCUUUGCAGCACUUGCUGCGAAAAAUGUAAAAGGUGCCCUGUCUGUCGUGGACCAAUUGAAGAAAGGAUGCCAGUAUAUGAUGUGUAGACUGAGUUCAAUGAAGAUGUAUAGGUAUCUUACUGACCAUACAGCUUGUGAUUUUAGACGAGGCAAGCACUGAGAAUGAUCAAAAUCUCUUCUCAUAGAUAUGAUGAACAUCAGAAGUUGGAUAGAAUUUUAAACGUGUUACCCCCCCUAUUUUUUCUUCCAUAGUGCAUUCUUGCAAUUCAGAAGGGAUUGCCAAUAGUUGCAUUGUCUUGAAUUUUGGUACCAUAAGGAUUUAUCUACACCAAAAAUGAAAGAUGACAUAUUUGAGGUAUUAUCUGUUUUGAUGUUGGUCUCAGCCUCGUGUAUGGAGUCAUGGUUUUAUCCUUAAAAAGUCAAUUUCGAUAGGUUUAGGUGAAUUAUCUUUUGUCUCAACUCUUAAACGAUGUGAGAUUGUUUGUUGGGAA